UGAUGAAGAUCAUUAAUUAAUGUAACAGCGGAUGAUUAAUGAACAACAAAGAAGGAAAAGAAAACCCUACAAGUCUCGUUGUUACUUUACCAAAUUUCACUUUACCAAGUCGCUUCCCACAUUUCUCUCAGGAUUCAAGAUCAAUCUCAGGCUGUUACUGUUUUCGUGAGAAGAUUCCACAGAGGUUGUUUCGAUGGCACACAGAGAUCGACUAAGUAUUCUACCAAAUGAAAUUCUUCAGAGUAUCUUGUCAUCCUUGCGGACAAAGGAUGCCGUGUCUACUUCUGUUCUCUCCCGUGGAUGGCGUGAACGGUAUCACUCGAUCUCUAAGUUGAAAUUUAGGUUUCCUCAGGGAGCGAAUGUAGAUAGGUUCGUGGAAUUUGUGAAUCAUGUCAUAGCUGUCCGUGGAGAUCAGUUUCCUCUUGAGAAAUUUUCUCUCACCGUUCUUAGAGAGAUUGAGGACGACCAUCUUACCGCUUGGAUCUUGUAAGCACAGAGAGAAAUGUCAAGAAUCUGAAGUUAGGACUCUUUGAGCUGGUAGGUGCUGAAGACUAUGAGAUUCUGGAGGGAUUUUCCAGUCUGAGAAUCUUGUUAAGCUGAAGAUCUCAUCUUCCAACUUCCACAUCAUCCCUCUUGAAGGUCUGGUUGUUCAUCUUCCUAAUCUGAAGUCACUCUACUCUGAUUCUAUCUCCUUUGGUCAAGAGGUAGUUGCUGGAGCUAGGUUUGCCAACAUUGUCUCUGGUUGUCCUAAGCUUGAGAAGUUGGUAAUGCACGAUAUUGAGUGGUUCAGAUGGGAAUCCUGCACUGUGUCUAGCCCAACUCUCCAGGUGUUCAAGUUCUCUUACAAUGACGAGGGUGAAGCCGACCGUGACAGAUGUCCGCUGAGCGUCUCCUUUGACACUCCAAAUCUUCUCUACUUGGAUUAUUCUGAUGAUGUUGGUAGAAAGUAUCCACUGUUGCAGUUUGGUUUGCUUCAUGGUUCCAAAAUCCGUCUUCAGACAAUAGAUGAAGAAGAGGCCGCCAAUGAGGACGAAGAAGAGGACGAAGAAGCUGCUGAUGCAUCUGCUUUCUUCUUGGGACUUACUCAAGUGAGGAAGCUCUACUUGGUUGCAGAUACUAUUGAGGUGCUUACAUUCCAGUGUCAGCAAAUACCACUCUUCCAACAGCUCAUGACACUUGAUGUCGAGUGUCAUAGGAGUCUAGGAUACCUGCUCAACAACUCUCCACAACUUCAAGCCCUUGUGCUACAUGGACUCUUCCAUGACAAUGCUGAUACAUGUGGACAGUUGUGUCCCUGUGGAGCUGCUGAUCUUUCUUGCUUAUCAACAUCCCCAGUGAAGAUGGUUAAGAUUUUUGAACAUGAUAACGAAGCUGAUGCUGAUGAAGCAAGUUUCUCAACUACAUCAAGCAUUUCUUGAAGAAAAUGCCCCAGCUUGCUGAUCUCAUUGCUUCUUCUGCAUCUAAGAGGCUUACCAUCCAACAUCAACUUCAUCCAACAUCAACUUGGAGCCACUCAGGGUAUUGCUUCUCCCUUGGCCAGGAUCCAAGUACUCUGAUCUCCUUUUGCUCAUUGAGAAGCCUCUUUUGUCAUUGAGAAACUCUGUCUCUUGCUAGCAUUUCUCUUUGCUUUAGUAUCGAUUGCUUUUCUUUCUGAUCUAUAACUCUGUCUCUUGCUAUUGCACUCUUAUGUUUCUGUUGUUCUUGAUGACUUUCUCUGAAUGAUUGCUCUUGAUGACUUUCUCUGUCCUUAGUAUCGACGAUUGCUUUUCUUUCUGCUC